UCAUUCUGAAGUGUGAUCCUGUCCUCUGGGGUGUUAGCCACCCCUCCCAAUUUGGUGUCAUCUGCAAACUUGCUCAGGAUGCCCUCAAGCCCAUCAUCCACGUCAUUGAUAAAGAUGUUGAACAAGACUGGGCCCAAGACAGAACCCUGUGGCACCCCACUAGUCACUACUCUCCAGGAUGAGGAGGAGCCAUUGAUGAGCACCCUUUGGGUUCGGUCAGUAAGCCACUUACAAAUCCACUGAAUGGUAGCAUUGUCUAGCCCACAUUUUACCAGCUUCUUUACAAGAAUAUCAUGGGGCACCUUGUCAAAGGCCUUGCUGAAAUCAAGAUAGGCUACAUCCACAGCAUUCCCUUCAUCUACCAGGCUUGUAAUUCUGUCAAAAAAUGAGAUCAGAUUAGUCUGACAUGACUUAUUUUUCAGGAACCCAUGCUGACUUUUAGUGAUCACAGAGUUUCUUUCUAGGUGCUCACAGACUGUUUGCUUAAUGAUCUGCUCUAGAAUCUUUCCUGGUAUUGAUGUCAGGCUGACUGGGCGGUAAUUGUUUGGGUCCUCUCUUUUCCCCUUUUUGAAAAUAGGGACAACAUUUGCCCUCCUCCAGUCUGCUGGAACUUCGCCUGUUCUCCAGGAAUUAAGAAGGUUGUUCUCAGGGCCUGCUCCACUGUGAGGGAGACUGAGGCACCCCCCUCAGGCAGCAGAUGCAGAGAAGGGCAAGGAGGGGACUGAGCAGCAGCCUCGGGAAUACAGCAGCCUCGGGAAGUCAGAAGUUCAGGAUGAUCUGGGAAUGUGUGCAGUUGGUAGGACUGCAUCAGGAAGAUGUUGGAGGUCAUGGAGGAAGGAGGAAUCGAAACACAAAUAUUCAGCAUUUUCAGAUGAGGGGGAAGAAGGGGAAAGUGUGUCCAACUAGAUAAGACUCCCAUCAUCCUUGGCCAUGGGCCAUCCUUGCUUUGGCAGAAAACAAAUAGGAUUUUCUCGCCCACCCCCACCCCCGUCAAAAAAAGACAGUGAAGAAGGCAAUCAAAAUUCUGGUGGGCCAGGUCCAAUGAGAAUAACGAAGAAACCAUUUAAAUACAUGGAGUGUGAAAAGAGAGAGGAUAAACAAUUUGAAAGUAUGGAGUGUGGAAAUUGCUUCACAGACAGUGGAAAACGUAGAAUUUAUCAAUGGACUCACACGGAGGAGAAACCAUUUAAAUGCCUGGAAUGUGGAAAAAGCUUGAGUCAGAGUGGAAAUCUUAAAAUUCAUCAACGGACUCACACGGGGGAGAAACCAUUUCAAUGCAUGGAAUGUGGAAAGAGCUUCAGUCAGAGUGGACACCUUAGAAUUCAUGAACGGAGUCACACGGGGGAGAAACCAUUUAAAUGCCUGGAAUGUGGAAAGAGCUUCACUGAUAGUGGAACACUUAGAAUUCAUCAACGGAGUCACACAGGAGAGAAACCAUUUGAAUGCAUAGAAUGUGGAAAGAGCUUCAGUGAGAGUGGAUACCUUAGAAAACAUCAACGGACUCACACGGGGGAGAAACCAUUUAAAUGCAUGGAGUGUGGAAAGAGCUUCAGUCAGAGUGGACACUUUAGAAUUCAUCAACGGAUUCACACGGGGGAGAAACCAUUUAAAUGCAUGGAGUGUGGAAAGAGCUUCAGUGAGAGUGGACACCUUAGAAAACAUCAACGGACUCACACAGGGGAGAAACCAUUUAAAUGUAUGGAGUGUGGAAAGAGCUUCAGUCAGAGUGGACACCUUAGAAUUCAUCAACGGACUCACACGGGGGAGAAACCAUAUAAAUGCAUGGAGUGUGGAAAGAGCUUCAGUCAGAGUGGAGACCUUAGAAGACAUCAUGAAACUCAUACAUGGGAGUAACAGUAUAAGUGCUAGGGAAGUGGACAGAAGUUCAAGAGUGGAAACUCUACAAGCCAUCAAUUAACUCAAAGGAGAGAAAUGGUUUAAAUAGAAGGAUUGUAGAUUCUGGUUUGGUUAUUAUGGAACACUUUUUAGAGUGCUGAACCUGUUUCUCUCCAAGUUGACACUUUCUCUCACAUCAAUAACAGGAAAUCAAUCUUUAAUGCAUGCAGCGUAUUUGAGUUUCUGUUGUUUGUAUGUAACAUUGUCUAGACAUGGGAGUGUGUGAGUCUGGAGUGUUGCUUCUGAAUAAGGAUGGACUGAGAGUGAGCUGGUUUUGGUGUUUGGUGGCGGGAGUUGGAAAUAUUUGUAUCUGGGAAUGGAGAGUUGCACAAAGUAGAGCUGAGAUUGGUGGUGUUGCUUUUUUUAAAAAAAUAAAUCUUUAUUUCAAAAUUUUAAAAAAUACACCGAGUCUUCAAAAACAGAAACAAAAAUACUAUAUACAAAUUAAUGUUCUCGUAAUUCAUUUCUAAUUUAGUUGUGUCUCUAAACAAAACUGAAAUCAUAUACAUCCAAAUAAUGUCUUAAAAUAUAUUCUGCUAAUAAACAAUACUUCCAACCCUUUCCGUUAUAUCUGGUUUUUUGUUGUUGUUUCUCACAGGUUAGUUUUCGUUGAUUUUAAAUUUUUAUAUUUCCUCGCCUUUUACCUUUUCAAUCCUUAAUCUUUACAAAUAUCAUUCUAAUUCUGCCAAGUGUGUGUUACUAGUAUUGUAUGUUUUUAGAUAUUCCCUAAAGAUGAUCCAUUCUUUCGACAUUUUCUGAUCGCCUGUACCUCGCACCCAGCCCAUCAAUUUCGCUAAUUGUAAGUAUUCAAUCAUUAGGGCUUGCCAUUCUAUAAUAGUUGGAAGUGUUUCAUCUUUCCAUUUCCUUGCGACAAGUACCCUAGCAGUGGUCAAGCUAUACAUCAUGAGUGAUCUGGUUUCCUUUUUGAAAUGAUCUGGUAUAAUACCCAAGAGGAAUGUUUCGGGGGUUUUUCUUGAAUGUUAUCCUGAAUAGUUUUUUAAUCUCAUUGUAUGUUUUAUCCCAAAAAACCUUAAUCAAGUCACACGUCCACCACAUAUGAAAAUACGAUCCUGGCUCUUUUUUGCAUCUCCAACAUUCCGGAUUUCUUCCUUUAUACAUUUUUGCAAGUUUUUGUGGAGAGAGAUGCCACCUGUAUAACAUUUUCAUACUAUGUUCUCUCAAUGUGUAACAUGCCGUGAACUUUAGAUCUUUUGUCCAAAGCUGUUCCCAUUGCUCCAUUGUUACAUUGUGCCCACAAUCCUGUGCCCAUUUGAUCAUUACGGUUUUGGUCAAUUCCCCCUUGGUCUCCCACUCUAGCAAGAGGUCGUAUAUUCCUGCAAUGUUUUUCUUUUUCUUUAUUAUUAAUUCCUUUUCAAACUUUGAUGUUUCUGUGGCCAAACCAUUUUUGAUAUCUAGACUUAGUUUUUGACGUAGCUGAAAAUAUUGCAGCCAAUCCGUUAACAUUUCUUUUAUAUCCUCAUAUUUUUAAAAUAUUAUGUCUCCGUUCUCAAUUUUUGUAACUGCUCUAUACCGUGUUUCCCCCUUUUUAAGACACCGUCUUAUAUUUAUUUUUCCUUAAAAAAAACACACUAUGGCUUAUUUUCAGGGGAUGUCUUAUUUUUUUAUUAAGUAUGGUACAGCAAUCUACAUUUAUUCGAUUUAUUUUUUUAAAAAACGCCCGGAUCAGAUGGCCCCAAAAAAUAAAGACGUGCCGCUACUGCUGCGUCGUUUCCUUCUAAAUGCACAACAGAGGAGUCCCAGCCACUUGCAGCGCGAUCCUAUGGCUCCUAACUCAGAAGAAAGCCCCGUGGAGUUCAGCGGGGCUCUGACAGCCAGGGACCAGCUUUGGCUGCGAUCCUGCUGCUGCUGCCGCCGCCGCCGCACACAUUUCCCCUGGGGGUAAAGCGCGCCACUGAAUGCGCAGGAUGGCACUGUGCGCGAGCGAGGGGACGAAAGUUAACUGACUCAAACGGCAGAUCCCCAAACCAAAGCGCACAGUCGGAUCAAAUGCCUGCGCCUCCUUUUGUGCAUUGCUUCCUCCCUCCAGCCCCGCAAGAGGGUUAAAGGCAAUAGGGCAGCCCAAUCCUGUGCAGAGUGAACCUCCAUCCGCCCGCGCUUCAGUGUGCGGGACCCGGGAGCGGGAGACACUGCAGCGAGGAGAAGAGGCAGCGAUGGCAAAGGGGGAGGAGGAGGAGGCGGGGGAGGAGGAGGAGGAGGCGGUGGAAGUGGCUUCGGCUUCACCUCCUUUCCUCCCUCGCAAGGCUUCUCAGGAGCCCCAGUGCUAGGCAGAACCUUGGGCCCGGGAGCCACCGGCCGGCACUCACCAAAGGGAAAGGACCCAGCGUGCCGGCGACGUGCGCUCUGCACCAGGGCCACGAUCCUCGCCCCCAUCUCCUCCAGCCUCCCUACUCGCCCUUCCAUGUUGGAUGCCUUGCAGAAACUUCGCUUCUGUAGGUGCAGAGUUGCAGCCGGACGCUGAGUGCCGCUUCCCGGCUCCCCCCCCUGCGGUUUCCCUGCGGUCUGCCUCGAUCCGAGGCCAAUCAGGCUCCCACAUUGCUUCGUUCGAUCGCCUUGAAAAAAAUCAAAGCGGGGAAAUGGCGUGGGCAGCCGCCGCUUUUGCUCUCUUUUCAUCCAGUUCUUCCUCGUUUUCACUCAGGUUCUUCAGCUUUCCUUUAAUUGCUGCUGCUGCCGCCGCCAUUGCUAUUGUGCUUUUUACAGCAGAGUGGAUCCGGCGGCCUGCCGGGUCGGCGCCGAUCAGCGCUGCGCUGAGCACCGGAUCGAGGAAGUGGCCUGCAGGGUCGGCGCCCAGCAGCGCCACACGGAACACCACCUCCUCAAUCCA